AUGGCACACGAGUGUUUGCAUCAAACCAUCUCAUUGUUGUUCCCAGUGGAUCAAUACGACGAAUGAUGUUUCUUACUCUUUCUCUUUGCACAUGUAUACCACGUGCUUUCAACAUUCCAAUCACCAUUCGUUCUCCACAACGGGGGUACAACUCCUUUAUUUCUUUUAAGACCAGUUCCAACUCUUCUUCGGAUAACUUUGUAAAUUUUUUCAGCAUAUUCGUUUCCCUUGAUACCUUUCUCUUCAUUGUAGAAGACGAAACACCAACUUUCUCACAGAUACUUUUCCACGUAAAUCCAAUUUCCCUCAAAAGCUUAACUUUUUCUAUAUCCACCUUAAGAGCCGGCCUUCCUGGAUUACCACUGUAAAAAACCUCUGCUCUGUCUUGAUCUCUUAAAUUUACUUGCUUACUUUGAAGCCCAGACCGCGACAGGAUGUCAGAUCUCUGAGUCCAGUACUCAGCGAGAUCAUUAACGUCUCGCAACAGAGAACUGAGGCAUGCUUUUGUGUCACUUGAAAAUAUUGCAUUUGUGGAGGAUAGCAACCUUCCAAUAACUUGACGAGAGGUUGCUAAUCUUCGAUUUAGGUCACCUACUACUGCAGGAUCUUGCGAGUCCUUUAGUCUUUCGCUUCUUUUAAAGAGGCUACUACAGGAAUCUAUGAAAUCACUAAGAUACUGGUUACUAUCUUGAGAAUUCGCCAUUUGAAAAAGUUUAAAAUUAGAAACUUCUAUAGAUUUUUAAACUUUAUAGUUACAUUGUUUUUAUAAUUCUAUUGCAAAAUAGAGCACCACAUGUCACUCCAGCGGAACGUCACCAUGUCGUGACGUAGGAAAGUCACUAUCUAAUGCCAUUCCCGGGUGUGUGUGUAAUAGUAAAGACUUGCUAAUGACAUUCAGAUUGCUCUUACCAAACUUGUAAUUGCUGUUAUUUUGCAAGCACUGUAAAAGAAACCAGCUAUCAAGAAAUAUAGAUAAAAACACAAGCAACAGCAUUUGAUUUGGUCUUUAAACUUUGUACGCUACUCAGUAAUAAUCAGCCGAAUAAUUAAAAAUGUUUGACAAGAAAUUAACCAUCUAGCUUAUGUAAACAGGAUGCUGUCAUCAUAACAAGUAUUUUAAUAGGAGAAGUACAUGUAAACAAUGAAUUGCUUUAUAUUGAAUUGAUUGUACAAGCUACCAGUGCCUAUACCGUUACUUAGACUAGAGGGAUUAAUCCACCAACGAUUUCAAACAUUCUAACUGCCCUAUCCAAAUAAACAUGACUUUCUAACACACACGAACGCUAUACAUCCACUAACUUUCCGACUGCAUAACAUGUACAGCAUCGUCUUUAUCUCAGUUUCCAUCUAUUCUAAUGGUAGGUCUUACACAACGUAUACAGAUUUCGCAAAUCCAGCAUGCCUACUUUCCUUAAGGAUUGCAACAUUUAUUCACGAAAAUCAAAAUUUCGUUCACAUUAAAUCCAAAUAUGGUAAAAUGAGGUAUGCCUUCGUAGUGUAUAAAACCUGUAGGUUCCAUGCACUCAUCGUUACACUCACCCCUGGUCGUCAAAGUACGUUAAACAGCAGCAAAGUCAGCGAGCGAAGCAAAAAAGUAAGUCUUAAUACAUUUUCUCACGUACGGCAUUUUCUCACCCCUUUCAGUAUCAUUAUAACUCUAACUUCUUAUUUUCUUUAUUUUUCUAUAUUAUCUAAUGUUUUUGACUUACGCAUGCCCGUAUAUGACUUAAAUAUAUAUGUCGGUGUCAGGCUAAAGUUAAUUCUAACGCCUGUUUUUGCUCUUUUCAUUUAUGCAGGUCAGAAAAAGGACAGACAUUAAGCCGCAAACGGACCUUUUAUAAUUGAUUGUAAUGGCCAACAGAGGAAAUGACGACAGAGUGAAGCAACUGGAAAUCGAGCUAGGGCAGUUGCGCGAAAGAAUUGGUCAAGGUAGAACUGGCCACGGACAUUUGGAUUCCAACCCUUCGUCGAACAAUGUCGACAAUCGAUCAUUUUCUUCAAUCACAAACUCCGCCUUAGGCAACUUGUCUCGGCUUCAUUCCUCCUUUUCUGCGCCCAGAUUUAAUCCAAUGUCAAGGGCUCAAACCCAUUCACGCGCUGGUAGAAGCAAGUCUCAGGGAAGGAGGUAUGACGUUGCCUUGGUCGUUCUAGACUACGUUCCUAGUGCCCCAGUGGAAAUGGAUUUCUCGCAUCACCAUACUCUGGGUACAGGUCAACUAACUUUGUUUUCAACAUUUGAUGAGAAACGGUGCGAGCGAGAGAUACUUUCCACUAUUAGAAUGUUUGAAGGACUGGAAAACUACGGAGGAAGGUUUUCAUUUGUCAAAAGAGUUGGCAGGAAGUCAAUCAUCAAGCCAACUCUUUCGGCGUUACACAAAUUCGACGCCAAAGCAAUCAACAGCUUCAAGGGAAGUGGAAACCUGUACGUUCGCCUUACUUCCCCAUCCGGUAUAGACCCGAAUCCCACUACACUCGAUGAGGAUAUGCCGGAGGGCGAAGAGUAUCAGGAUGUGGAGUACUCUGAUAUAGAAGACAAUACGAACGAAGUUGCCUAUGUCGGGACUACAGUUCGUGUUCCAGGCCCCAUGAGCUCAAGCGAGCUUGGAAUGCAAAUCUCCAAUUCUACACCGGAAGUACCCAGAGAGCCCUGUCAGCAGAACUUGUCCCUGCCGGACUUCCUCAAAAAGGAAAAACUGUUAAAAAGUACAGAAUCCGUCAUUAAAAAUUAUGGACUUCAUAAUUUUGGUUCCACUGAUGCUGUCUCAGUGGUUAUUGCUCUCUUGCAGUACAUACCAUCAAUAAUGAUAGCACUCUCAGAGAACACAAGAAUAGGCUCUGCAUUAUUAGAUUUGAUGGCCGUGCGUGGAUGCCGUGAUAAUGCAAUCGUGGACAAUGCCAUUAAGUGUUUUUUAUGUAGCAUUGGCAAAGAGUAUGGUGAACAACUAGACGUUUUAGAGGUAUUGGAGAAAACGCUUCUUACCAUCAAAGCUGCUAGUGAGGAACUUUGCAAGGCUGUCGAAAGCAGUUUCAUGGGAGAAUGGCUCAAAAAUGUCAAGUGCAAGGAAGAAGAAGUCAGUCUGGAAUAUUCUCACGGUCCCAUUGUUUACGUGGUUCAAUCUUCACAAGAGAAGGAUGCUUGUAAAAUAUUGCGUAGUUCCCACGCAUAUAAAAGAUGCACGAGUGUUCAACAAGAAAUAGUGGAAAAGUUCGAAAAUAUUGGAUCGCAGCCGGGUACAGAGGAAUUUUUUGAAAGCAUUUUUUGCGAGUUUUUACCAGAAUUGUUCCUCUUGGGAAUAAAGAGAAAUAACGAUAUCGGUAUUAAGGAUAGAACAAUCCUUGAAAUUCCGAAAACGAUUCCUUUUGGAAUUUUGAAAGAUCCAGAAGUGGACACCGAGGUUUCAGGUCAGGGGUACGGUUUGAAGGCUCUGAUUAUACACUCGGAAAUCCGUUCACAUUCUUCAAUUGCUGUAAAGAAUGGUGAAGAUAUUGAUUCGUGGAUAUUGUAUAAUGAUGGCAAGACGACCACUUUCAAGAUGACAGAAGUAAUUGAAAAUUAUUUGCACGGCGGAGCAGCUAACGACAGCAUUGAUAGUUUGUGCUGUUUAUGGUCAACUGGGAUCCUUUGGAGGCUACCCAUUUCGUCUAACAAACGACAAGAAAAAAGAAAUUUUAAGCAGAUUGAAAGAAGAGAGCGUGGUCACCUUUCAAACCAAGCCUGGCACAAAUCGGAGGUCGACAGCAAACUCUACCGCUGCAUCAAAUGAGCUUUCAGGGGAAUGCCAUCGUUUACUCUCUACCAUAGAAGAACACCUUGGAAGUAUUCAAGGAAUGCUAGAACUGAAAGAUCGCCUUCGUAAUAUUGGAAGAAAUUUUGCUCUAGAUAAAUUACGC